GAUCUGCAUCCAUCAAAAGACAUGUGGUUUUCAAUCAGGGUGCCUACAGCUGUUGCAGAUUGAUCUCUCUCCCAUCAAACAACCCCUCCACCCAUUGAAGCAGACAGGCUCCCUGUCAUCAGGUGACUAGUGGUGUCAGGUCUCGGCCGCAUUACAACCUGGGAAAAAUCUGAGACAACAGUCAUUUUGUAUGCUGUUAAAAAAUAAAUAUUGGAGUGAAAAUCACAGAAGAAUUGUGAAAAAACCCACAGGAUUUAGGUUGUCUUUCGGGUAUAACAAGCAACAUAUGCUAUGAUGCCCUCACGCAGCAAUGUUUCCGCUCUGCCAAACAGCAAAGUGAAGUACUCUAAGCUUUCUGAUACAGAUGACGGAUAUAUCGAUCUUCAGUUCAAGAGGAGCCCUCCCAAAAUCCCAUACAAAGCCAUUGCUUUGGCCAGUGUCCUGUUCUUGAUUGGUACUUUGUUGAUUGUAAUUGGUUCCCUCCUGCUUACUGGGCACAUUGGCAAUGGGAGCAAUGAACGCGCCAUACCUGUGCUGAUCAUCGGGGUCCUGGUUUUCCUGCCCGGCUUUUAUCACCUCCGCAUCGCGUAUUAUGCAUCUAAAGGUUACAGAGGUUACUCCUACGAUGACAUCCCAGACUUUGAUGACUGAACCACCGUGUGCGGACAUUAAGACAGCACAAAGGAUACUGCUCUACUUGGGCACUACCUGUAGGACAAGCUAAAGAAGACCGGCAGGCCAAUGUAUAUACAACACAAAUUCAGUAUAGGCUGACAGUGGUGACAUUUCUGUAGCCUGUUUCUUCCUAAUAGUGUACUGAAACCCUUGUCUUCUUGUCAGGUGAUGGAACUUGUAGCUGGGAUAAGAAAUGGCAGGGAUUAUUUUCUUUGCAAAUUAUGAAGUCAUAUGGACAAUAAUUGGAAAUGAUAGAAAAUUGGAAAUAAUAGAAACGAUAUAUGAUCUCAAGAUGUCAUUGAGCUUAUGUAAGGCAAGUACAUUAGUCCUAGUAAUAUCUGUACAAAAACAUUCAGCUGCACCUGGAAGACAUAGAGUAGCCAAGAUUUUUUUUCUAAGCUGAAUGGAUAGUAUUGACUGGAUACUUUGUAAGGAUGCUUCAUGGUCUACACACACGUACAGUAUUCUGUGCAUAUUUGAUGUGCAGGGUUUCGAGCUGCAGAUCUGAAGCUGUGUUCAGUCAUUUAGUUUAUAUUGUAAUCUGCAGCAUCAAAUCUGCAGCUUCAAAUAUGUGCAGGAGACUGUAUGUGUGAAUAUACGGGUAGGGUUCUGGCAGCACAUCCGCAGCAUAUUUCAUGCUGCAGAUGCGUCAACAGCAGUCACAAGAGCAAGCUCCCUGUUGCAGCUGGGUAGCUCUGUGUGUCCGCUCGUACGAGCAGACACACAGAGCUACCCAGCCGCAACAGGGAGCUGGCUCUUGUGACUGUCAUCGGUGAAAUAUGCUGUGCUCCGUGUGAACUUGCCCUAAAGGAAUAUUGUCAGAUUCUCCUUAAAAGGUGUAUACCAGUGGUCUCUUAACUGUGGACCUCUGGAUCUUUGCAAAACUACAACUCCCAGCAUUCCCGCACAGCUGAAGAUCCAAUUUGGAAACCAUUGAUCUAUUCACAUUGUUCUUUAUCAUGUAGAUAGAUUAAAGAUGUUUAACACGUAUAAAGUACAAGGAGUUACUUUUUCACUUAUUUAUCCCAAGGUUAAAGGGGUAUUCCUAUCAGGACACUUAUGGCAUAUCCACAGGAUAUUCUAUAAAUGUCUGAUAGAUGCAGGUUCUAGCUCGAGAUUAAAAGCCCAAUGGACCCUUUGGCCUACUUUUGGUUGCCAGAGAUGGUUGGGAAUCCAAAAGCAGCACAGCGCGCUCAUUUAUUCGAUUUGUGUAACUCCAAAAGAGGUUAAUGGCAUAAGGUAUAUCACCAUGAGCUAUAUUGUUUCCAUAAGUCAAUGGGAGUUACAUAAUUUACAACAAAAAUAGCUGGCUUGGCUGUUUCAGUUCCCUGACCGCCUCUGGUGGCCCUAAGCAAGCUGGAAGUGUCCGGGGGCCAUCUAUCUUGAGUUGAGUACAGGUCCCAGAUGUAGGACCCACAUAUAGCAGAGAUUUAUGGCAGAUGCUGUGUACAGUAUAUGCCAUAAAUGUGCACUAUUCUUAUAAGAAACAGUAGAAAAGCUGUAUCAACAAAACUGCAAAAGCAUUGACAAGCCAAUCGCGUUCCUCUGGUUGCUAGGGGUAAGUUCUUUUACUAUUUAUGCACACUAGUUUUGAAAAAUGUUCCCAAAUAUGCUGUACUCUUUAAUUUUUAUAUUUUUAAAUUUUUUUUUUUUUGUUCAAAUAAAUGCUA